AUGGAAGCUUCAAAAAAUCUCAAGACACCCCCAAAGUUCAUUAACGAUGAUGGUGUGAGCCAAGAAUGUGAGAAUCUGAUCUCUUCUUUACCUUCAGAGAAAAAUUUCACGGGAAUAAAACUCUACAACUACCAAGGAUCUUGGUACUAUCCCAACACAGUCCAAGCAAUCCUAAACUUCCAAAAACAUUUCCGAGCACAAGACACCGAUAUCAUCUUAGCUUCUUUACCCAAAUCAGGAACCACCUGGCUCAAGGCUCUUGCAUUCGCUGUCGUCCAUAGAAACAAGUACGCUCCUAAUCUUGUAUCCCAUCCUCUCCUCUCCGACAACCCCCACAACCUCGUUCAGUUUCUUGAAGCUGAUUUAUAUGUUAAGAAUCAACGUCCUGACCUCGAAGAGCUUCCAACGCCUAGGCUCUUUGCCACACACAUGCCGUUUCAAACGAUUCAUGAGUCUCUAAGAGAUUCUCCAUGUAAGGUUGUUUACGUGUGUAGAAACAUAAAAGAUGUGUUGGUCUCUCAUUGGCAUUUCAGGAACAAGCUUGUUAGAAAAGACUUACAUAGUAACUACUCGCUUGACGAUACGGUUGACGAGUAUAUCAAAGGGGCGUACGCGUUUGGACCGUUUCAGGAUCAAGUUUUAAGUUACUGGAAAGAGAGCUUGGUGAAUCCGACUCAUGUACUCUUCAUGAGAUAUGAAGAAAUGGUAGAGAAGCCUGAGGCUCAAGUUAUGAGGCUCGCAGAUUUCUUGGGUUGUUCGUUUACUGAAGAGGAAAAGCAAAGUGGAACGGUGGAGAAGAUCUUGGAACUGUGUAGUAUUGGUAACUUGAGUAACUUGGAGGCAAACAAGAGUGGGACAUCUAGUUGUGGAAUUGCUCACCAAGCGUUUUUUCGUAAAGGAGGAGUCGGUGACUGGAAGAAUCAUCUCACUGAUGAUAUGGCAAGAAAACUCGAUGAGAUGGUUGAAAAGAAACUAGAAGGUUCAGGGUUGAAGUUUGAGUGAUGCAAGUUCACAAGGAUGUUUGAUAUUCAAUAUAAAAAUCUUAAGAUUGUAUGAAAGCUAAGGUAAUUUAUAGUUUGGUUAUCUUUUGGUGUGUUGUUUUUAUUCUUGAAGAUGAUGGGUAAACUUAGAAAUUUUAAAUAUUUUUUCUUAGAUUUGGAGAUUUUUUAAAAUUUUGUUUGAAACUUAUUAGUAUUGUUAAUUUUUUUUUUUUUGGCAUCUUAUUAGUAUUGUUAAUUAAAAUAAACAAAGUUUGGUUAUUAAAAU